CCGGUCGCGUGCGUCUUUUGUUCGAGGGCCGCUAUUUGUAAAUAACUUCCAUAUAUGGUGUGGGUUAAUUUUCUCACGAGCCUUGAAUUGCCACAAAAGUUCCCACGCUCAUCGGCUAAACCAACUGACUUUACACUUCACAUUGUUGUCGAUGUAUUGUUCGCCAUUGCAGUUCAUCUAAGUCUGGCGGGCUUCCCUUCGUUUGAACACAAACACAUAAUUAUUCGGGAACGCUGUCGAUUUUCGACAUCGAUUUGGAGCCAUUUUAGUUCCUAUCUAGAAAUUCGUGGCGCUGAGUAAACUGCGUUUGGAUUCGACUGCCGUGUAAGCCGUCUCCACCGUGAAUGAAACACGUUGCCGGCGCAAGUUGGAUAAAUUGAGCCAAGGUUUGCCUUCAAAAGUUUUAUGAAAAAGUGCCUUUCUUUCGAGGAUUGCGAAUAAUCGCUUCCAGACAUUUUUGGUAUCACUUACUUCGUUUAUGGAUCGGCUGUAGUUGAAAUACUAUGCCCCCUACAGUUUUCUGGAUGCGACAUUUCUCUUCGAUUUGUCCAUUUUAGAACGGGUCUUUUCUAAAGGUAUUUCCUUUGCUGUGUGUACAACACAUCUACAAGAAAAAUCUGAGAGAAAAUGUCAGAAUCUCAUGCCCAAAGGGCGAUUUUUCCUAGCGAAUGUCCGCGUGAAGGAUCAAUGUACACACACACUGGAUUGAUGGUUAGAGAUAUGGGACAUCGCUAUCACAGCGUUAAACGUUCGAGGAUUGAAACUGGCAGCUUUUCUUCAUCAGAUGUUUUUUCACCAAGUGGAAUCAUUCAAGCGCCAGUAUUUCAUUCUCCUAUAACUUCUACCAUCGCUGCGAGUUUGCCGACGCAGUCGGAAAGCACAUUUUCAAGUAAGUCUCAAUGCUUUCUGAGGACGUAGUCCAUGUUGUUUUCGCUUUUUGUGUGUGGUGGAUUUAUGAGCUCAUAUUCUGAAUAUUACGUGGAUUACAAAAUGUAAACCAAUCCCUCUUGUUUAAAUAUUUAUCAGUGAAGUUUGCAGUCGCUUUGUUUGUCCGUCGCCUUUUAAUUUAUGAAUUUCCAAGUUUAUUUCCUGCCAAAGAUGCUGUGUUCGGCAUUUUGAUUAGCUUCGAAUACACUUACAAAACGGGAGUGUAUAUUAAAGGUUUUAGCUGGAGCUCAUAGUAAAUGUACAAUUUCGAAAACGAGAUUAAAUUGAAGGCAAUUGGUUUCUUCCUGAGUGGAAAUUAAAUUGUCUAGUGUUCUAGCAUUAGCCGUCAUUUACUUUUUUCAGUUGAAGAAACUAAUUUUGACAAGUAAAAGAGCAUAGUCAUAAAAAUGAGUCUCACUUUUCAUGCUUGAAAGAUGGCUUUGUUGGAAACGUUAAUUUCCCGGAAUUUAUUAAAGGUCAAUUACUUUUACAGUAUUUUGCUUUUCUCGGACCUAAAUUGUCGAUGGUAUUUGUAUCACCACCAAGUUUCUAUACAUGUACUCGUCAAUUUAUAAUUUGCAAGAGUUACUUUGUUAUUAAAUAUUAAAGCUUAACAAGUAUUUCUGCUGUUGCGAGGAAUCGAACUUGCUGACAGGACGGAAGAUGGCGAUACGAUUUGAAUAUUGUCAUCUUGUCACAGGAACUGCAUUCUUUUUCUCCGGAUAACCAACUUAAACUUUAACAUGGUCAACCAUUUGUGGAAUGAAGAAUUUAAUGUUAUUGUUUAUAAUUAGCAAUGUCUUUUCUUUAAAUAAUUACAUAAAAAAGGGCGAGCAAUGCUCAGUUGCUAUGACACUAUUUAAAUUCGUUCUUAUCUAAGCCCAUAACAUAAAACGUAAUAGUUUUUCUGGUCAUCAACGUUUUAUUGCUUUUUUCAAACACCAUAGAAAAUCAUGAUCAGUAAUUAUAUAUACACAAAAUAAUAACUGCUAUUCCAUGGCAAAGCUUGUGUUCUGAUUGGCUACCUUACUUGCUAUUCUAUUCGCUUAUAAAUAACAAAGUUUGGAAAAGUGUAAUUUCAAGGGAAAAAUCUUCACAAGGAAUAGGCAUGCUUAUUCAUUUUCUCUGUUUGUGUUUUUUUGCUGAAUUUUGAAUCAAAAGUAGCAGAUAGCAUUGUCCUUUCCAACACAGUGGAACCUCUUUUAAAUUGUAAUGUGCCAAUAUCCAUGUUUACUUGUUACAACUUAAGUCCCUGGAAAAACGAAAGAUAUUCUUCAUCCCAGUAAUAGUCAAAUAUACAGAAAAGUAAAACUUCCUUAUAGGUGAACGUAUUUUGCCAGGACCUCUCCCUUCAUUUUCAUUUUAUGCAAAGGCAUAAUAAAUUAUACUGUUAGAAAUAAAGUAAUAUUAUGACUCAAGCAUGGUUGAUUGUGUGUCAUUCAUCAUUUUGCGGGCCUUUUUAUUUUAAAUCUUUCAAAAAUGCAGCUACACACUUACAUAAAAUCGAAGUAUCCUUUUUAGUAAAAAGGUUAAAAACCGGGGAGGAUAUGAGGUUUAAUCCAAGAACUAUAAGUAAUCUUAAUUCUUGCACUGGAUUAAAAUGGCGGUUUUUUAAAUGUAGUGGUUUCUGUUUAUCCCUUUCCGCUGUUGUUUCGCCGGCUCUCUACGUAUUUUUUUUUGAGCGACAGUGAAAUAUAUCAAACUAUGAGAUCCAGAAAUGUUUUCACUUUUCACCAGAUGAAAAACUCCUUGAGUAAAAGAGUUGAUAAAAAUACGGCGCGCAAGCAAGCUGCAAUAAAAAGCGGAGAUUUUUGGCGCGAAACUUCGCACAGGUGUUUCAUCUGGUGAUUUUCUCACUGUGAAAAAAUGAUUUGAUUAUUUCGUUUUUUCAAACAAAAUCAUUUUUGAAGGAGAAAUUAAGGAUGCAAAUACUAAGCAGUGUUUCAUCCGAUUUCCAAACACUCAUUAAACAUUAAUUUCCUUUGUAUUUUCUUAAUGAAUUAUUAAUGAGUUUGAGAAGUUUAGUUCAAAUCGGCAUACAUACUAAUGUCAGACUUGCCAACCCUGAAAAGGAAAAAAUCUUGAGAUUCUGGACCUUAGGUAGUGAGAAGUUGGGAAAAGUUGUGAGGUGUCCCUCAUUUCCUGUGGGAGGACUUCAAACUUUUCGAAAAAUGUAAAUUGGUGGGUGGGGGGGAAGGGGGAUACUAACAGUGAGACCCUCUUAGUGGGGUACAUAUAUCCCUACUGUGUCUGAAUUUCAGUUAAUGGUUGUUUUGGGUUUUGAGGAGUGGGCCAUGUACCUGUGGAUGUUCAACCCAUCUUUAUGUCAUUUGUCACCUUUUCAUCUAGUCUUAUGCCACUGUUUCAAGGCCAUGCAGGAGCGCGUAGCAUCCAUACACGCACAUACACCCCUGUGUACAUGUACAGCUGAAAUAAAUUAUGGAAAAAUUAUACACUUUUUAUUUCCUGAAAAAGCCUUUUUGCAUCAUUUAAUCGGGAUGACUGGUACAUUUUUCAUACUAUAUUUGUGUCUUUGUGUUGGUAUUUCCUUUACCUUUUAUUAUUCCUUAAUUCUGAUGGUGUCACUGCUUUUUUUCCCAUAAACACCCUACCUUGCCAAAAACACUAGAGAUGGGUAAAAUAAGCAACUGAACAUUUUUUUUAUGGAAAAUGCCCUGCAGAAAAUGCUGGAAAUGGCUUUUUCAACAUCCUAAAUUGAAAAGCUUUCUGGUGGAGUAUGCCCUCUGACCCCCCUACGCUACCUACCUUAAAACUUAAAUUCUUCCCUGUGUGCGUACACCUUCAAAAUCUCACGCUACGUCCCAGCCAUGUCGUUUGUUGGAAUUUUACCCAAAUGGGGCCUCAGCAGCUUUAGUGAUUUCAGUACAGGUACCCCAAGCUCACGAUUGAGUGUUGCAUAAGAGAAAUAUUAUAAGGGUUUGUAUGGAACAUUUAUCAGUCGUUUAUAUUUAGGGCAUUAAAAUAGAAGCAAAAAUACAUCAAAACUUCUUACCUUGUCUCCUUGUCUGUUCAUGUUCUAAGCAUUUCUAUAUUAUUAUAAUGCACUAAAUAAUGAUGAAUAAAUUUUCCAUACAAACUUUAUAAUAUUUCUCUUACACAACACCCACUCAUGAGCUUGGGGUACCUGUGAUUUCAGUCGUGUGUAUCUCUCAAUCCAAUACUUUUUUCAAACAGGAAGGGGACCUUAUCAGAGAGUAGCAGGGGGGUAUACGUCAACACCUAAGCAUGGACAUGAAGGGGUGAGAGAACCCCGUAGUUUAGCAGUGCAGUUAGCAGCAAGCAAUCCAAGUCCUCCUACCACUCCAUCCCCUCCACCUGAGGAUGAUGUCGAUAAAGACGGUUAUCACAAAGAAAUGUGAGUGCUUGGUUGUACAUUGAUAAGGGGCCUUAUGCAAUUAUAUGCAAUGAUGCAGAGAUGCCAACCUCUGGAGAUCUGCAUUGUAUAAUGUGGAGACUGUCUUUCACGAAGUACCCACAAAUCAACCCUGUCCCCAAAUUAUAACAUGGGUGUGGCUCAAACAUUAUUCAAGUGUUUUUUUUUCCCAAAAUAGUCUUGUCUGUGAGAGUUAUUAUUGCUGAAAGGCAUAUUGCGGCAUCAAAGGCAGGUCUCCAGGCUCUGCUGCCCAGUUUCCCCUCCCCAAGCUUUUGCUUGGCUCUCUUCACCUUAAUCCUUACUGUAGAGCCUGGUCCCAGGCUACUGGACACUGGGAGAAUUGUCCCGUGUCCGUUAGAGUUGCAUAUGUGAAUGAUGAUGACAUCAUCUCACACACUAUACUUUAUUUCAUGCACAUCAUUUUGCCAUCUCCGCCCGCAAAUAGCAAAAGCUAGACAAGGCGGGCGGAGAGGAAAGGUUACAAGUUCCUGUUGAGUUCUGCUUGGCCAUAUGCUACACAGAGGACCAAGUUCAUGUGAGAUACAUCACCCAUCUGUAAGGAAAAUUGGGCCAUAUACCAAUCAGGAUUUAUUUAAUUUUGUUGCUCCGAAUUAUAAAUGAAUUGUAUCAGUGUGAUCAAAUGUUUCUCUCAAUUUGCAGUGGCUCUCAUCCACGGCUGUCUAAAGGAGCUAUGAACAAAUAUCUUAAAGAAGUUGUUCCAAGAGAUGGUCAUCAAACAGUCACUAUUUUCCAUGCAAAGGUGGCACAAAAAUCAUAUGGCAAUGAAAAAAGGUAGUAAACUACUCCCAGAGUAAUGUCUCAAUUAUUGGCCUUUUUCAAAAAGCCAUAACCUUUUUGGUGUGUUUCCAGGGUCUGUUUUUAAAGGUCAAUUUGGCAGGCACAGGUCAUUACUUCCAAUUAGUGUGAAAGUAUAGUAGACCUUUUGGUCUAACAGUACUUUUCAAAGAGCUGAGGAUUUAAGCCAAAAAUCUCUGUUUGCAGACAAGAGUAAAUUCUUUCAUGUUGGUAUUAUAGCUACUCUGCUGCUUAGAAGUACAAAGUUGACACUUGAUCCUCAGUUUAAAAUGAGAAGUCAGUAUUAACAAUUGAGCAAAAUAUCUAUUACAGGUGACUCAUUGUUACUUUAUAUAUGCAGGGGUAUUUUGCAGAACCAUAACUGCCACUAAAUCCCUAAUGACUCUGAAGUUGAGGGAGAAGGGUUUAGCAAACUAACAGAGUGAAGUUCAACUUCAGUUCACCCUGGAUGAUGACCCUAAUUAGAACUCAAUUCACCCAGUUUUCUUAAGCUAAUGACUCCAGGCUCGUUUGGUUACCAGCACUCAUUUGACUUUUUGCAAAGUACACAUACAUGGAACCUGCCAUCACUUCUUGAUUCUUGUAAAUAAAGAACUACCCAGAGAAACCACAUAUUGAUCCUCUUGAUUAUCCAUGUUUAAAGACAAAAGGACAUGCAAGGGUGAGCAAAAAAGCGUAGGGGUGGGUUUCUUUCCUUCCCCACCCCUCCCUUGCCUCUUAGUUAAUGCUUCUUUCUACCCCAUGCCCUUGUGCAUCUUGUGCCCUUUACAGUGCUGUCAAGUCUCUCAGAUAAUCCGGGAGACUCCAGAUUUUAGACCGUAUCUCCCAGUCUCCAGAUUAGAGUCUGAAAUCUCCUGGAUCACUGAAGUUUGCCAUUUCUUGUAGACUCAACAUUCCAACCAUAAGAUUUUAAAUAUUUUGUGUUGUUUGAGCUAUUUUUAAAAUUAACUGCUAACAUGGAACAUUUCCUCAUGAACUCCGGCAUGCCAUUGUAAUUUAAGCAAUAAUGUGGCUUCCUUUACGAACUGUUUUAUGCGAUAUUACGUUGAUUGGCAUCAACAAGUAUUUCUUGCACAGUCAAAUGACAUCAUGUGCCAUGCCGAUGCGAUAUGACAUCAUGUAUCAUGGGGGGUUGACAGCCCUGCCUUUACCUGCUUGGUUCAAAGGAAAUGGAUACAGGUGCUAUGCAGGCUGUCAAGCAGGUAUUAUACAUAUAUAUUAUAAAUUUUCACGGGAUUUUUAUUUGUGUCAAAGGUUUUUUUGCCCACCUCCUUGCGUUUAUCUUGUGGGUGAGCGCUGGCAGUCAAGGUUGCCUGAGGAAGAAGGAAUAAGUCAACCAGUGGCUUUUAUUGGAAUAGGAAGUAAAAAUGAACAGGAAAUGCAGCAGCUCAUUAUUGAAGACAAGGUUAGAGAGUUAUAACAACUGCAUAUUCCUGUUGUGAUCAAUACAUCAUUAUUUAAAGAAUGUGAUAAAAAUGUUGAGAAAUUAAUAAUAAUAAUAAUAUUUAAUAUUUAUAUAGCGCAAAUUAACAUACGGGAGUGCCAUUCUGCUGAGCGAGAGGUCACAAGUUCAAACCCCAGCCGAACCAAAUGCUCAGGGUCUUGAAAUAACUGAGAAGAAAGAGGGGGUGUUGCCUUUGUACAGUAAUGACAAUCAUCUGCACAUGGUUGGACUUUCUAGUCUUCUCGGAUAAGGAUGAAAAAGCACAGGUCCCAUCUCACAAUUAUGUUUUCACUUAUUUGGUUCUUGUGGAAUGUAAAAGAACCCACACCACUGUUCGAAAAGAGCAGGGGAUGUAGACCCUGGUGGUGUGACCAAUCUUUCCUGGACUGGGUGGGUUAUUUGUUAGGAGAUAUCUUAAGAUAGGGAUGACCUCUUGAUCCUCCUUCAGUUGUCAUAAUGGCUACCCCUGUAAACAGUGUAUAUGUGUGGAGCAGAUGGUUGCUAGAUCUUGAAUUUAACGGAAGUUCAAGGUGUUAGGGUUAGGAUACAUUUCAGUGACGGAUCCAGGGGAGGGGCCUGGGGGACCCUGGUGGCAUGUAAACCAGCCUUUUAAAUUACUUUUUUUUGUUUAUACAUCACGUCUGAGGUAAACAGUACUAUGAGGCACUGUUUUUUAUUUAUCAUACAGACCUCGGACAGAAUUUUUUUGCCCUAUUUAAAACUAUGAUUCUGUAGUUUUUCACAAUUUUGCAAGACAAAUUGCACUCAUUCAAUCAGUCCAGGGCGAUCGAAGCAUGCGCUUCCUUUACACAACAAAUUAUAGAACUGAUCACAUUAUGAAAUGUUUUCAUGAAGAGAAUUCAGCAUAAUGCAGCAAGUGUUUGGUCAGAAAAAUAUGCUCCUAUGUCAUAUGUAGGGUAAUAAGUAUGGGCUUUUAGUGAAAACAAUAAAAAAAUUCCCAAACUCACCUAUACGGCCAGCCGGAUGUGUUCUCACUUUUGACAAACACCGAAUUUCCAGUCCCAGCUGUCUUGUAAGGAAAUGAACAUUAACAGAGUUACGCUUCAACAUGAUAGAGAAUUUGCUAUGUUUAGGUUUCAUUUCUCUUUGUUUCUGGUUUUGUUAUGUGUAAUCUUUAAAAGCAUGUGAUAUUUACGCAAGUCAUUUUGAGUACUCCUGCAUGUGAUGUUUAUGUAUGACUGAAAACAAGCGGCACAGUGAUUAAAAUUGCAAGAGAUACUAUAACUAACAAUCAAUAAAAUAAAUAUAAUUUAGUGACAUGUGUACAGAGACAACAAUUUUCAUUCACGAAGACAAGUAUAAUUUGAGGGUAAAGCGUCUCUGAAAAUCAUGAGCUAGGGAAGCAUUAAAGCUUAUAAACUAUAUACACAACCAGACAGAUUUAUGUUUUAAGCCGGCUUCUCGGUGUACGGUCACCUGAUUGCCAAAUUUUCUAGGAUGAAUAGAACCUGUGAUCAAAUAAAAUGUUAUUGGAAAACUUAAAAAAAUACAUGACCUCAAUGGGUAGAAAAUGGCCCCAUGUUACAGUCAGGCGAUGACGGCCAGCGGAUUCUCUAGUUUGACAGCUGUCAAUUGACCUUCCCUAGAAUGGUGAAUAUUCGAAAAAAAUGGACUGUCGACUGUGAGUGUGAGUAAAUGUCAGAUCGUGUACCUGAGCCCACGUUAUUAGUUUCCUGAUAGUGGUCUGCACAUGUCCCAUUUUGACAGCUGUCAAUUAACCUUAAUUUGGCUUGCACAUAUAACUUUAAACUACUGACAGCCCUGCCCUGGGAAAGUGUAGUUUCAUUAAUAUUUUGGUAAGUGUGUUAUAUUAUAUUAGCUUAACUGUAGGGGCAAAACUACUAGUUUUUCAUCUUAGCCCGUAAGAUGGUCAUGUGAUAAUUGUCAGAGGAUGUCCGAUUUUGACAGCUGUCAAUUCAUCCUCAUACUGAUGGCUUACAUAACUGACAGGCUGGUGUCAACAUUUGAACAAGAUCUAAUGUGACACUUAACAUCGGCUUACAUGUAGUGGGUGUAUGGACGGUCGGCGUUCAUACGCUACGUCAUGACCAAAUUUUCUGGGAUGGAUAGUUUACCAAUUUUUUUUACCCAUGGUGCCGCUCUGCUGCACGCACUUCACACACAAGAGCUGCGCUAAGAAAAAGAUCAAGGGACUUUAAAGGAUUUGUUGAGAGAUGGGAAAGCUAAUAAGCUCAGAAGCCCCAGUUCCUCAGCUGGUGGAAAUAGUGAAUUUUUUCUGGAGCAACACCAUACAAAUAUAGUAGUUAUUAUUAAUAACUUUAUAAAUAUUUAUAUCUUGUCAGGGUUAUGGAGCUGCUAAAACAUUGUACAUAUCUGAUUCAGACAAAAGAAAACAUUUUGAAUUAUCAGUAAAGGUGAGUGCGCACCUUACAUUCAUCCACAGGUUGGUUUUAGAAUCUUUUGGUUUUCGUCAUUGCCAUGCACACAAUACAACAAUCAUCCUUACAGUAAACUGAAAAAUACUAUAAUUUUGAUUUGUUGUGAAAACAGGUGCAAGAUAUUUUGCUCUUAAAUAUAGAUCAAAAUUGACCAAUCACAUAAGAGGGUACUUCCAUACCUGAGAUGCCAGGAAAGCUCAAACGGUUUUGAAAUUUUUCAGUGGUUGCAUUGUUGAAGAUUUGAUAAUGUUAAUGAGAUUCAGUUGUUUUGAGAGAAUCGCUGUGAUUGGGUAUUCUUUUACCAAGUGCCCUAUUUCAAGUAUCUGCCGCUGUAAUACUUAAAAUUAUAAAAGGGUAUUGUCACAGAAAUUCUCGACAUAUUUAUGAGUACUUUUUCUUUUGUAUUAGCCUUGCUUGCAACACCUAGAGUAUAGAACUUCCAAAAGAAUCAAUGGAAGGGAAGCAAAAAUAGUAGUUCCAAGCAAUUUGUCAUUUUUUCACUUCCAUACUUAUAAAGUACUUUUGUCAUAAAGUGCUUUUACUUUUUUUUUUUUUUGUACUUAUAAAGUAGUCUUCGUACAUUGUACUUUUAAAGUACUUCUCCAAAAAAAAGGAACAUUUUUAAUUAAUACAGGUUUUCAUUGUUUUAGGUACAUUUUUGGGUUUGUCCAUGAUUUUUAAUAGUGCCUUAUUAAUGUUUUUAUCAAAACGUGCAUUUUUAAACUCUCUUCUUUGUUUUAGUUAUUAUAUCCAAGUGGAGAGCAUGUUGGUACAUUCAACUCGAAAAGAAUAAAGGUACAUGCCUGCAUAUUAAAAAUCUACUUACUUUAUGUAACCUUGAUAGUGGUUUGGCAGAUUCUAGUGGGACAAGCAAAAAAAAAACAAAUCAUAUGGCCUUUUCCUGUAAAAAAAAUUUACCUGAGCAUUGCUUAUAUUAGUUUCUCCUGGGUCCCCUCAAAUGCUGUCACUAAGAUUCCCUGUGGCCAGGUAUGUGCAGGUAUCUGCCUUGGUCUUAUAUUAGGCUCAGCUGAUAACACUUACCUUGACCUUGAUUAUUCAAUAAAAAACAAAAAUCCUCAUCCAAUAAUUCUUUAAAAAUGAGGAACUAAAUUGAACUGAAGGUUACAAAUACCGACUAGUUUAACUGUCAAUGACCCGUCCAGUAUUAUUAUUUACAAUUCAGUUGAUACAUUCACCCAUUUUGAACAUACCGUUUCAAUUUCCAGGUUAUUUCAAAGCCAUCCAAGAAAAAGCAAUCAUUAAAAAAUGCAGACUGUAAGUAUAUUUUGAAUUAAUAUGUUUUUAAGUGUACUCUGUAUGUUGUUGAAGGCCUUUGUAAGUUGCAAUAUUUUUAGAUUCCUUAGCCUGCAAGGAAAGCGUUUUCUUGGGGCGCGUUUUUUUGUUUUUUUUUUUUAUGCUCGCAAAAGCACCAUGUUGAAACUCCAAAAGAGAGGAGGAAAUAGGGCAAGUCAAAGGGAGCAGGGGAGGGGGUGGGGAGAGAGACAAGAAAAUGCUGUAUUUUUCUCCCCUCCCCAUGCCUCCUUUUCUUCUUUCGCCCUAGCACCUACCCUAAGGGUUGCUAUUUCUACUCUCCCCAAUGUUCCUUUGUCAGAAUAUCAAAGACGGCAGCUACAAUAAUACAAACAUAAACAAGCAGCUUUCACCUGCACUGCAGGCUAUGAAUACCUCUGCCCUCUGGGUCUCGCAGUAUUGAGUGCAAAAAGCACUCUGGAUCAAUCUGAGUGGAUUGUUUAUCGAAUUAACUUCAUGGCACUUAAUUUUUAUUUCAGUGUGUAUCCAAUCUGGCUCCACAGUAGCACUUUUUAAUCGUCUCAGAUCGCAGACUGUUAGCACACGUUAUCUUCAUGUAGAAAAUGGCACAUUUCAUGCAAGUAGUCAGCAGUGGGGAGCUUUUACCAUUCAUCUGUGUAAGUAAAGAUAAAAUGAUUUAUAGACCUAUCUUUAGUUGAUCACAUUUCUAAAAUUUGCCUUUAAUUUGAGAAACAAAAAUAGUAAUAUUACCAAGCAAAACUACCACAGGAAAGGUUUUCCAGUGUAGUGCAGUAUUGCUUUGUUUUCUUUGUAAGCUUCACAUUGGCAAACCAGCAGUGUUUUAUUUAAAAUGUCCUUCCAAAUAACUUGCGAAAAGAGGUUUUUUUGUGCUGAAAUUGUAUAAAAUUGAGGGAGUCUGCAGGGCUGUCACUAAGAUUUCGAGUUGCUGGGUAUUUGCAAUUAGAACAGGGCCCAGUUUUACAUUGUUUGAAGGAUGAUUAGUGCUAAGCCAAGGAUAAAUUCAGUUUAACCCAGGUUUCUGUUUCCUUUGUGGUUCAAAAGCAUUUUCUUGGAUAAUUUUCUCUAUUCUUGUUUAGAGUAUCCAACCAUCAAAUUGUAGACAAAAAGAAUUAAACUAGAAGUGCUUUUAAGCUUUCAUAUUUGGAUUCAGAUUUUGUGCUAACCUUGGGUUAUUUUAACUCUGCUUUGAACAACCCAGCCUAGAAUUAGCAAGCUAGGAAGUUCUCUUGGUUCCUUUUCGUUUUGUUUCCCAUGAAAGUAACCUGGGAUCAAGCUCUGAGUUUACAGUGUUUUGAGAUUUUGUUGGUUAUUUUCAGUGCAUGAUGAUGAAUCUGAGAGUGAGGAGUUUUCAGUCAGGGAGGGUUAUGUUCACUAUGGUUCAACAGUAAAGCUUGUCUGCUCUGUUACAAAGAUGGCAUUACCCAGACUGGUAUGUAUCCUCUACAGUAUGUAUGUAUAUAUAUAUAUAUAUAAACAUUGACUUGACCAGCUGGUGAUAGAAGGUCCAUGCGCGUGUUCAGAUUGCGUUAUGUGCAUUCCAGUCAUGCUUAGUGGAAGUUCAAACGAAUGCUGACUACGUACAUGCGACGCAUGCAUAACAAAAACCUGAAGAUUGCAGACUCUUCAAGGCGCCUGCCAUAAUCUUUUCAAUUUUUACAGUACAGUUAAAUAUUGUAGGGUUAGAAUUACGAAUUGUUCAAACAUUUUCAGAGCUGCAUGUUACAUGUAUGUGACUGUUUUGUUAUCAAUUAAUUAAUUAUUAUUUUUUAAUUUAACGAGUUCAUGUGACAAAAUGUGUGGCAAAAAGGUCAUAACUUUGAAUCUGCCGUCCAAGCCGCCGCCUGGUUAGCUCAGUUGGGAGAGCGCUGGUCUGCUGAGAGGGAGGUCGGGGGUUCAAACCCGGGCCGAACCAACACUUAGGGUCUUUAAAUAACUGAGAAGAAAGUGCUGCCUUUGUAAUGACAUCUGCAAAUGGUUAGACUUCCUAGUCUUCUCGGAUAAGGACGAAAAACCGUUAGUAGAUCCCCGUCUCACAGCACUUUCACUGAUCUGGUUCUUGUGGGACGUAAAAGAACCCACACAACUGUUCGAAAAGAGUAGGGGUCAUGGACCCCGGUGGUGUGGCCAGCCUGAACGGGUUGUGGGAUUGGGUAGAGAUGGCACCUUGCAUGGGACCUAUGAGUCCCGUUCGUGCUUAUUCCCUCUGGGCAGGCCUGUGUCCAAGAAAAACUUGUAAAACAAAACAUAAAACAAGUUGAUCCUUGGGAAGUGGAAACGAGUUUGGCAUGUUAUGUUUCUGUCAAUAGUGGCUCACGAAUAUUUCUCGUAGUAACGCAAAGCAAUAUUAUUUUAAAAAUUCUAACUCUCCAUGCUUUUCACAUGGUUUGAAGUCUUCUAAAAUUUAAUAUAAUCAAGUUGCAACAUAGAAACGUGUUUUUCAGCCGGCACACUAGUUUUGCCGGCUUUGAAUCAUUUGGAAAACAGUGUUAACUUUACUAAUUCUGCGGCAGAUACAUGUAGCUCUAAUGCCCUUUUGCAAUGCAUAGCCUGCGUAGCAUGGUGGGUUUGGUCGGGCGCGCAAACAACCAAGGUGGGGGCAGUCGCGGCUUCGCCGCUCAGUAGUUCGCCCGAAAAAACCGCCAUGCUACGCAGGCUAGCAAUGCACAGUUUUUUGAUUUUCUUUUUUUGUGUUUAUAGGUAAUACGAAAAGUUGACAAGCAGACUGCUCUGUUAGAUGCUGAUGAUCCAGUUUCUCAACUUCAUAAGGUACAUUUUAAAGAAAUUUGAACCACUCAGCCGAAAAAUGGCAAACUUCUUACAUAGUGUGUAAGUUGAUUUUUACUUAUGUUUUUUACCAUGAAAUACGUAAAAAAAAGUGUGAAAUAACAACCUGGUUACUCUUUAGGUGGCCUUUUAUAUGAAAGAAACUGAGAGGAUGUAUCUAUGUUUAUCACAAGAAAGAAUUAUUCAGUUUCAGGUGAGUUAGUAGCGACCGCCGCCUGUAUGUUCCUUAAUCCUGUUUGGUAUAGUAAACGUCAUGCAUUCGUUUUACUGCUCUUGUUUAUGGUAGAGUUGUGCGUUCAAAAAGGGGAAGGAGAGGCUGGCCACACGUGCAAACAAAUCGUUCAAUGAGUAAAUGUAACUCGGCCGUCUGUGGCUGGCAAUGUUUUUUUUUUUGCUCGUAUUUACGCCACUUUUAAAAGUAUUUUAAGUUAGGUCAAUCUCUUUAGCGCUCCUACUCCUUAGACUGCUUAUAGUUCAACAUUUCUCUAAAAAUCCACCUAGUUAGUCCUCCUAAUAAGCAGUGUCGCUAAAUAAGGUGGUUAUAAAUCAUUCGUCAGUCUCUGGUCGUUUGUUUUUUUUUGGGCCGCGCAAGAACGAAGGAGCUCUUCUCGUCUCUAGUCAUGCGCAAUAGAGAAGAGUUCCGAAGCGGAGAGUGGCGAAUGAACGAGAAAGGAUCCCUCGUCGCCCCAAUCGUUCCUGUCCCAUUUAAUCUUAUGUGAGCUUUUUGAGCAAGACUAAUAGUCCAGUUUCGAGUUCGCUAUGACCGCUGAAUUAAAGAAGUGAAGACGCAUUUUUUACAGGCUUAGCCUGGUUAAUACUCGUCUCCAUACUCCAAAAUUAAGUUGACACAUUAUGAUUCAUACACAAAGUAAUUCUCUACAAAGGAAGGAACCGCAUUGACUGUCAAUGCUGAUUAGGGUUAAGCCCUGAAAAUAGUGAUUAGGGUUAAGCACUGACUCGAUAAACGGUUAGCCUCAAUGUGGGGUUAGGGUUGAUCAGGGUUAUAGGAAAUUUCGCUAAUCCCUGCCCCCCGUCAGCAAAUCCUGAGUGGUGUAGCGGUGUAGCCGAUUCUACGCUCCGGGUUCGAUUUCUACUCACGCCCAUCUGAAUUUUUUUCCUUAAAAAUUGAAGAGACUUACACUUUCAUGAACAUUUCUCAAGCAGAAAUUUCAAGAGACAUAUCACAAAUUCCAACGAGAAAAAGACCUGUUUGUUACUCUGUUUAUUGUGUAUAUUCACAUUUCAAACACUUACUUGCCGGAAUUUCUGAAUAUUUUACUUUAUAUCGAGGCUAACCCUGUAUGAAUGUGUCGUCGAUGUUCGUAUUCAGCGGUAGUUUUUAAUUCGAAACUGGGCUAUUAUUUCGACAGAGAAACCGACUGCAAGUACUCUGUAGUUUUUUUAUCCCUUACCUUCUUAAUACUACAUGUAUAAUUGCUUGUAAAUUGUAAACUGUACCUGCAGUAUAACUCAAGGUGCUAAAACAACAUCUGGUGCCUUUUACUUCAAAUAACAGUAAACUGAAAAUCUGCCACCCGUUUCCUAGGCAACACCAUGUCCGAAAGAGCAGAAUAAAGAGAUGAUCAAUGAUGGAGCUUCGUGGACGAUAAUUAGUACAGACAAAUCAGAAUAUAGUUUUUAUGAAGGAAAUGGACCCGUAACGUCACCCAUCACUCCUGUUCCAGUUGUCCAUAAUUUACAGGUAAGAAAACCAUGACAGGACAGGACAGAUACAUAAACUAUCCUAUAUAUAUGGCCCGUAAAAGCCUUUUUUACGACUCUUCUCUAAAUUAGCCCCAGUUCUAUUUAGCACCCUGUAUUACGUCCUCUAGUGGCGACGGCCCCGCCAUCUCUAUCGACCACGUAAUAAAUUUCGGAACCUCCUUCUACUAAGUAGCCCAGGUUGGCUAUAUUAAAUAUUGUGCUCCAGUCUCUUCUGGAAAUUGUGAGACCAUCGAGUCUUGAAAAAUUUGCAAUUUUGUCCGUAAAACCACGGAGUCAUGUUUGAAUUGUAAUAUAUCGAGCGUGGGCUAUUGCGAACAUUCGUACCCAAUGCUACAAUGGAGGACAAAAAUCCUUGGAACGGUUAUGGAAAACCUUCCUUCCACAUCCUUAACUUAUCAAAUGUUCAGAUGUAGCAUAAUAUGCUCUUCUCUAAACACUUGGAUACCGCGACUGGCCCUCCCCUCCCCCCUCCAAACAAUGUUGGGAUGAAGAAACACUUUUAGGACAAGGCUAUUGCACCAACUACAACACAUUCGUUAAUUGUCCGAAGAAUCCUAGGUUCAAUUUAGAUCUCUGGUAAAUUAUUCCCUGCCCUUAACUAAAUCGAUUUUUCUACACUUUAUAGCAGACGGAAGUCAGAUAACUGCUUUGCCUUGGUAAUUUCCUGUUCAAUUUGGAAAGUUUAUGAAUUUUUAAGCCUUAUUUCACCCUGUUUAGUUGAAUGGUGGUGGCGAUGUGGCGAUGUUAGAGUUGACAGGGGAACAUUUCACCGCUAACCUGAAGGUCUGGUUCGGGGAUGUGGAGGCGGAAACUAUGUACAGGCAAGUAGAAAUGUUAUAUGAGACUCCAUCACAAAGUUUUGUGGCAGAGAACUGGAACUGACUUGAAGGCAAGAAGAAUAUUCGUACGAUAUUUGCACGUAAAAAGGUUGCCCCUCAUAAGGCUCUAGUCUGCCAACAAUACGGACGAACGAGAUCGAUCCCUGAUAUUUCAACGGAGUGUAGAAUCCACUCCACUCCAUCCUUUGAGCUGGGAACCGCAAGCAUAUUCUCUCUACCUUUCAGCCCUCUUGUAAGCUAGCAAAUAUUCUGUUCUGUUCUUUAUGUAUUUGCUAUGAAGUAGUCCGAAGACUCGCCUUGCCGCCUGUUGGCAGGUGAAGCAAAGAGACGGAUGACAUUUCAGACUCGCUAUGAAGUUGAUAAUUAGGAGAAUUUGUGCGAAAUCAAGACGUUUUGUUUUUGGCCUACAUUUUGUUAUCCUAUGAUCUUUUCGAGGAGCAAGGGGUUAGCACAGUCGUUAUUGCGUGGGCGGUCUUCUGUGAGAGAGGUCUCGAGUUCGAUUCCCUGGAGGAAGCCUGAAAUCCUUGUUUCGACUUCUUUUCUUUCCAUGUAGCUUUAAGAACAGGGUUCGUACAGAGUCUUGAAUUCUUGCCAAUGAAAAAGUCUGGAAAUUUGCCCAGCAAUUUUCCAGACCUGGGAAAAGACCGGAAAAUGGAGUUAAAGUCUGGAAAAAUGGUAAAAAGUCUUGAUAUUUUUUUCGUUUUGGUCAAAUCUUAUUCAAUGUCUUCUCUACGUUUGCAGCGCAUCGUGAAAAAAGCUUUAUUCCUGCCUUUUUUAGAGGUCUCUAUUGAUCACCUAUUUGACAACCUUGAGUCUGGAAAAAAAAUUAUUAUUUUGGAAAAAAGUCUGGAAAACGUCUUGAAUUUGGGAUCCAAAAAUCUGUACGAACCCUGCAAGUAACUUAAUACCCGUAAAAUGGGGCACUUACUUCGGGAGAGGGGGUAAAUGAGUGCACCGGUGGCCUAAGGUUUGUCGGUCUACUGAAUACUGUUACGAGUUAAAAUAAUGACCUUUACCUUAUUAAGUUUAUAAGUAUGACGUUAUAAGAACAAAUUAAAUACCGAUCAUUAAUUUUUUUUUUUGCUUAUUCUAUCCUUUAUAUUUCCUUCACAAUAGGUGUGGCGAGAGCCUUCUCUGUGUAGUUCCAGACAUAUCGGCGAUCCGUGGUGGUUGGAGAUUUGUUCGACAGCCCACUGAGGUGGCAGUUAGCCUUGUUCGUUCUGACGGAGUCAUUUAUCCUACCGGCUUAACAUUCACCUACACCCCAGAACCAGUGGAAAGACCUUCCUCAUGUGUAACAGAAACUGUUCUCAGAGCCGACAUGUAGAACAAUUCAGACUCGUCGAGUAGAAUGCCUCGUCCUUGUCCUUGGAAACGGCUUGGCAAAGAUCGAACCACUGAAACAAUGGCAGUUUCCUUAGUUAACAUUUGGCGCUUGAGCGAAGCAUUUGAUGCAUCGAGCACUCACUGACUAAACGCUGGGCUAACAGCCAUUUUUAGCAACAAACAUUAUUACCAUGAAUGCGACCUUCGUUCUUGACAUUUAUAUCCCAACAGUGGUAGCCUG